UUCACGCCGGUCUCUUCUCUCUUUUGUACGAAACGCGGGCAAAACUCCAAAUCUCCCUACUCCUUUUCGUCUUCACUCUCUUAUUACUCUCUUUCUUCAUCCCCUAUCAAAAUUAUGCUCCGAUCAGCGCUCCAACGAGGCGCUUCCAGCGCCCGGUCAUUGAAAUCUCAGGGAUUCUCCCGCUCCUCCAUCGUCGCUGAAGGGUCGCCGGCCCUCGGAAUGGCUCCGGCGAGAGUGAGGAAUCUCAUCGGAGGGGAGUUCUUGGAGUCCCGGUCGGAGUCUUCAAUCGAUGUUAUCAAUCCUGCGACACAAGAAGUAGUUUCUAGGGUUCCAUUGACUACAGACGAAGAGUUUAAAGCGGCGGUUAGCGCUGCGAAGACAGCUUUUCCCAAAUGGAAGAAUACUCCGGUUACUUCAAGGCAGCGGGUUAUGUUCAAGCUCCAGGAGCUCAUUCGAAGAGACAUGGAUAAGCUUGCUAUGAAUAUUACAACUGAACAGGGGAAGACACUUAAAGAUGCCCAGGGUGAUGUUUUCCGUGGUUUAGAGGUGGUGGAGCAUGCUUGUGGGAUGGCAACACUCCAGAUGGGGGAAUACGUGUCAAAUGUUUCAAGGGGAAUUGAUACAUAUAGUAUCAGGGAGCCUCUUGGUGUCUGUGCAGGGAUAUGUCCUUUCAAUUUUCCUGCCAUGAUUCCCUUAUGGAUGUUCCCAAUGGCUGUGACAUGUGGUAACACUUUUAUUUUAAAGCCAUCAGAGAAAGAUCCAGGGGCUUCGAUGAUGCUUGCUGAACUCGCAAUGGAGGCUGGUUUGCCUGAUGGAGUCUUGAAUAUUGUCCAUGGAACACAUGACACUGUUAACAGUAUAUGUGAUGACGAGGACAUUAAGGCCAUAUCUUUUGUUGGUUCAAACACAGCUGGAAUGCACAUAUAUGCGAGGGCAGCGGCUAAGGGGAAACGUGUUCAGUCGAAUAUGGGUGCGAAAAACCAUGCAAUCAUCAUGCCUGAUGCAAGCGCUGAAGCUACUCUAAAUGCUCUAGUUGCUGCUGGUUUUGGUGCUGCAGGACAAAGGUGUAUGGCAAUUAGCACAGCUGUUUUUGUUGGUGGUUCAAAACCAUGGGAGGAAGAAUUAACUAAACGUGCCAGUGCCCUGAAAGUAAAUGCUGGUGUUGAGCCUGGGACAGACCUUGGUCCAGUUAUUAGCAAACAGGCAAAAGAUCGCAUUUGCAGUUUGAUACAAAGUGGCAUUGAAAGUGGUGCUAGGAUUGUGCUUGAUGGGAGAAACAUUGUGGUUCCCGGUUACGAGGAUGGGAAUUUUGUUGGUCCGACCAUUUUAUCUGAUGCGACGGGUGACAUGGAGUGUUACAAGGAGGAAAUUUUUGGUCCAGUUCUCCUCUGCAUACAGGCUGAAAGUCUAGAAGAGGCUAUCCAGAUUGUUAACAACAAUAGGUAUGGCAACGGAGCAUCUAUAUUUACAACGUCAGGCAUAUCCGCCAGGAAAUUCCAAACAGAGAUAGAAGCUGGCCAGGUUGGGAUUAAUGUGCCAAUUCCAGUUCCAUUGCCAUUCUUCUCAUUCACUGGUUCGAAGGCAUCUUUCGCUGGUGACCUCAACUUUUACGGCAAAGCUGGCGUACAAUUUUACACCCAGAUUAAGACGGUAACACAACAAUGGAAAGACGUAUCAACUCAGGGUGUUUCCCUAGCAAUGCCCACAUCACAGAAGUCGUAAAUGUUCAUGCAUUUGUAGCAUAAUGGCAAUAAAAGCAUGAGGACUUUUGUGGGCUGGUUUUAUAAUUAUGAAGUAUCCUGUUAUUUGCAGAUCUUGGGGUUUUGACUUUUUAGCUGACCUAAAAUAUUCAGGGUAUUGCUGUUGUUGUUACUGGGUUUUCUUUUAAUGCAAUAGCUUCAACAAACCACCAACAGCAAAAUGUAGUCUGAUGUAUAUCACAUUCUUUUGUGACGUCUCGGAGUACCAUGCGGUUUGCCGGCAUCAGGACUAAUCAAAGGUCUGGUGCUUGCUGUAUGCAUGUCAGACGAGCAAAUGCAUCAGUUUCGUGGUAUAUUACCCAGUCGCAUUCAAUCACAUGGCUAUAACAACAGAACUCUUUUUUAUGUCAUGUAUGUAAGAAAUAAUUGAGUUUUUGAUAGCCACAGCACAAAAUUACUUUUCUUC